UGAAAGCCGAGCUUGGCUCUAUAGGAAGUGAACGGUCUUCAAGGGAACAACAGCAACAAUCCUCUCUGACGAGUUGUCCUGGAUCAUCUGGCGUUGUGGACCAACAUCAGCAGCAUCUUCUAUCCGAAGAACAUCAGCUUCUAGCCGAGAAGGAGUCGCUAGCAGCUGAAUUUGCUGAAGCGACGAAAGAAAGGGAAGCUUUGCAAGCUGAGCUAAAUAGCAAAAAAGAAGAACUAGAAGACCAAGAGGAGAUGCUGCGUCGCAGAGAAGACGAACUAGUGGCAUUGCGAAGGGAAGUAGAUCCAUUGCGAGACGAAGUAGAGCGCCUGUCGCACCAUUCGUCGUCGAAGUUAUGGAACGGAAUGGUUUCCUUCGUCUACUGGAAUAAAAGUCCCUACAGUACUAGGUAAAGGCAUUUUUACACUCCAAAAGCACUCGUAGAAAUGUUGUCAGUACUGCCACACUCUAAGCCCUGACAGCAGAGGCGCGCACUCCCCCACUCACGACAGUACUGGUAGUGGAGCCCGUUCGCCAAGCAUCGGACGAAAGUCACCAGAAGCAGCGAAGGCUGGUGCGUUGUUUUUUUCUAGCUUUUGAGGCUCUGAAGAACUACAGGAAUCACCUUACUCAAGCUAAAAUGGACAAGUGCAGCGUCAGCGUGAAGAAUGAUAGCUGCUCUGUUACCCUUCCAGAGAAGCAUGACUCUAAAAUUGCAGCUGAGUUUCUCCUUCUCCACACGUCCCUAUCCCUGCAACCCUAAUCCCCGCUUCAAGAUGCAGCGUCCCUAAUCGUUUACGCACGACAACUUUAUCGGAUGUGUUGCGUCUGAAUGUAGUCGAUAAAAAAGGACAACUUGUACUACCUCUCUUUUCCGCUCCGGUUUCCCACAUCUCGUUUAUGUCUGUCCUCUCAGUUCCAUCUUCCCACGACUCAUCUCCAACCCCACACACACUUGCUUGAGUCCACCGCCACGACCGCUACCUCUCCCUUCUACAUCCUCGCUCCACCCCACACCAGCCUCUUCACCGGGUCACGACAUUCAAGAAGUGGAGAAAUUGAAGGCGGACCUAUUAACUCAAGAGGAGGAAAACGCGAAAUUGAGGGCAGCCGCGAAGACGCUCUUGGAAGAGAAUGACGAGUUGAAAGAGCGAGAGGUAUUCUAGUUUUUUUGGAACGGAACCGUGCAACAAAAACUUUCCGGACUUCUGUUUCCUCUGGGUGAAGUCAGUAAUCAACUGAGUGACGUCAUGAUGAUCUUGUAUUCUCCACCCACACUCCUGACUCCACGCCACCGUACUACAGCUCCCCGAGGGCGAGCAAUACAAGAAGCUUUACCACCGAUGCCAGAGCAAACAAGAGGAGAUCCAGCUCCUCCGCCUCACCAUCCAAAGCAAAGAGGAAGCGCUUGCGCUCACACUAGAGGAAACGACAAGACUUCAACCCAAAAUCCAGACGCUAGAAGAUGAGAAGGCAGCAGCGGUGGAAACUUUAGCACAACGGGACGCAGAAUAUACGAAACUACUGGACUUGUGGAAGAAGGCGGAGGAAAGUACUCACUAAUUUUUUUUGAAGAUGAUUCAUUUUUUUGAUUUUUUGAGCUAGAAUUAAAGCACCUGCUACACCCGUACUAGCCAUUUUGGCCCAAGGCUUCGUCCUUGUUGCCCGUGAUCCAUUUCCAACAGAGAGACACGACUUGUUCUACAGCGCUAAAGAUAGAAUUAACGCACCUGCUACACCUACAACCCCGACCGAUCACUGGCACAUCAUGAUAAUCUCCAUAGCACCCUCCAAACCGAACCUUCAGAUACCUCAGGCGGAGUGCCUGCUGACUCCGGUCAGCAACUCGCUUCCUUGCUCGAGGAAAAGCAGAAGGAGGUCCAACGACUUCAAAAACGCGUCAACAAUACGAUUGAUAAGGAGUAUGUAAGUCACUUGCUGCUAAAAUUCCUUUCCGCAGAGCAGGAAUCUCGUUUGGAGAUGGCCCGACUACUAGCUGGCAGUCUAGACUGGGAUAGGGCAAGGAUGGCACAGUUGCUGAAGGUAACUGGGUCUGGAUAGGCUGAACCAUCUUCCAAGUGCUGACUGAAUGAAGAAGUAGCACGAUGGAUGCUAUGUUGGUCACCUAUCCUCGUCUAUGGUGUAAUAAAGAAUAUCCUACCAGUAGAGUUGUACUCGACGAACCUGAUUUUAGACUUGAUUUCAACCCUGAAAAAUCGGAUUUUUCUCAUGCAAGAAAUCUCACCUUGUUACGAAGAUUCAUCAAUGACAUCUUUCAAUUUUUCUGGAGUCUUUUUCUCAAUCUUGAUGUAUUAUAGAAGCAGAUUGACAGUGAUUGCUGCUGAACAAAGACAUCCCCUAAUCCAAAUAAGCUUUCCCUAAACAUCAUCCAAGAUGUUAGAAUAUCAAGCGCGUUCAUGCUGCGAGGACCUAUGGAGUGUCUUCA